CGAUAUUAAAGUUAAAUAAAUAAAGUUGGGAAAUAAAUAAAUUGUUGACAUUUAUUUAGAAUGGAGUUAUUAAAGAGUAUAAAUAAUAAAGAAAUACUUAUGGAGGUACUGCAUUUAUCCAUUGAAUUCCUAAUUGGAAGCAUUAAUGAACAACAGGCUCUGCGCUUAUCACACAAAUAUGGCUUUCAAAAUCCAGAUGAUUUUCUACUUGCUACGCGUACAAUAUCCAAAUACUAUAAGCAAUGUUGUUCAGAUGGUGCCGAAGUGGAUAUUGCUGAAAAAUUCCCCUCGUUGAGUCCCGAAUUGCGACCGCUUGUGCCGCUGGUGCUCGCAGCACGACUGGAUGCAGUCGAAUAUGCCCUUGGAAGAUGGGAGUAUUUAAAGAACGAUGUCCAAUGUGUGGUAUCAUUUUCCUGGGACACACGUCUGAUAUUGGGCGACAGUAGUUUUCGGAGUAAUAUUCGACAAGUGGCUACAAUCAAUUUACAUUGUCAAUCAAAUGCCAAACGUGAAGUUAUCUGUUUCGAACUGGAUUUGAAGAAACUCAACGAAAUGAUUGAAGUAUUAGAAAAAUCUCUCAAAAGCGACAAAAUACAAAUCUAAUUAUACAAAUACUGAAAACUGUUUAAUUUCUACUACUAUUGUAAAUGCUCCAUAUUUUAUCCGACAUUUCAUGGUUGUGCAUCCAGAUAAUUAUUAGAAUAUGACGUUAAAUGUGCAAAUUCUACCUUCGUCAAAUCUUUUUUGUUAAUGCCAUUUUUAACACGACUUUUAGUUCAAAUUGCCUACUAAAAAUUCCACUUGGAUACGGUUCCAACCUACCACAAGCCCAAUCUGAUUAAAACUCAAUAAAUUCCGAU